UCGCGGCGACCGACAGACGCGAGGGCCGACGAGGGCCGCUUCGAUGUUUCACGUUCGCGCCGAUUGUUUCCGUCAUUGUGUGCGGUGAUCCGUGUCUGUGUGUGUGAGUGUGGCUCGGGAUUGAGAUCCCUCAUGUUGGAUAUUUUUUUUGCUGCUGAUUGACUCCCUCGGCUUACUCAAAGAAAGAGCGGGAUGCUGCCCCUCUACGUGGCGAGCUUCCUCGUGGUGACAGGGACUCAGAUUCCAGGUGCUAGAUCUCAUGGACGACUCAUUGAACCGCCCUCCAGAGCAUCGAUGUGGAGGUAUGGGUUUCAAGAUUCUCCUCCUGACUAUAAUGACCAUGAACUAUACUGUGGAGGAUACUCAAGGCAAUGGCAGAGAAAUGGAGGAAAAUGUGGCAUUUGCGGGGAUGCUUGGGACUCUCCUCAGCCACGAGCUCACGAGGCUGGCGGAAAGUACGGUCAAGGAGUUAUAGUACGGAAACUGAAGACGGGCUCAACAAUGCUGAUUCGGGUGGAGCUUACUGCGAAUCAUCGAGGAUUCUUCGAGUUCCGACUAUGCCCAAAUAACAACAUCAAAAAGGUUGCGACUCAAGCUUGUCUUGACAAGUAUGUUCUUCACCGAGCAAGGAUGAGCGGCAAAGACAGUGGAGCACCGGACGAAAUGUUUCACCCAACUCGAUUUUACCCAGGGACAGAAAACAAAGUCUAUGAGAUGCGCUAUGUGCUGCCAAAGGGCCUAACAUGUUCACAAUGUGUCCUACAAUGGAGGUAUAUAGCAGGCAACAACUGGGGCAAGUGCGAAAACGGAACUGGAGCUGUCGGCUGUGGACCCCAAGAAGAGUUCCGCGCUUGCGCUGACGUCGCAGUUGUGGACAGCACUGGUGCCUCUGAUGACACACCAUUCAUCGACAAUGAAGUCGGACCUGACGACACCAACGAAAUUGACAGCAAUGGCGAACAAGAAGAAUUCGCUUCAGAGGCUACUAGCUUCCUAUUUGUUGCUUUUGUUGUUCUCCUCAUUUUAGUUAUAAUUUUAUCAAUUGUUGCAGUGACAUAUCUUUACUUCCACAAGGCAAGAGAAAUAGUCAAACGAUGGUGGAAUGAGAGGAAGAAAGCUCUCAGUGUUGAUUAUGUAAAGAAAUUUUCAUGUUGGAAAUACUUGUCAAAAGACAAGGUUGCAGCCAAUGAAAAACCUUUCCAAGCGCAACCUGUUCCACCUCCCAGAGUGAAGCGAACUGCAACGAUAGGUUUCAAAGGAGUUCCUGAUAAUUUAGUCUGAUCUGCUCUUUUUUCUAGGGUUUUCAAAGCAACUUGUCUUCAUCUAUGAAUUUAGUUAUUUUUGCAAAUGCCUGAAUCAAUGACUUUUGAAACAUAUUAAUCUCCUGAUUUUGGAGUUUUAAAACAUAUUUCCAAUGAAUGCCUCUUAAUAUGAUUCAUGAAUUUGAUAUAACAUUGAUAGGUAAUUGAUGCAUGCAAGAAACAUUAUAAGAGAGCUACGACAAGUUGUUCUUUGAAAAAAUUGUUCAACUAUGGUUUCUAUUCCUUGCUCAUGUUUUGAGCUUUCUACAAACUGGAACACCGAUGAGCCUUCCUUCUUUGAUAAGUAUUUUCGGGCACAGAGUGAUUACGAAGUAUCAUCUCCUUUUUAUUUGAUUUCCCUCAUUCUUGUCCUCAACACGAAAAAAUUUGAUGAACAAUUGGAUAACAUGAAAAAAUUUGAUCUAUUUAAAAAGGGUCCGAUACACGUAACAAUUAAGAUACCAAAUCUGUAUUUCUCUGGAUUAAUGUACAGUUAAUUUAAAUCUCCAGAGGAAUGGUACUGGUAUUGAUUUUAGAAACUUUUAAAAAUUAAAUACAGCAGAAUCUGUUGAGGGUGCAUUACAUCAAGAAAAGUGAAGAUAAAAUGACGAUUGAUACUUUCAUUUUCAAAUAAGUAUGUUUGUCCUAUGAAAAAUAAUCCCUGUACAGGAGGCUUUUACCUAGCUUCCGACUUCUGGUUGCACUAAAAGGCCUUGCCAGGACUGACACUGAAAUUCUUUGCCUGAUAAGAAAUCAGAUUUUGGAUGCGAGUUGGCUCUCAGAUUUUUCUACUUCAUCAAUGAUCUCAUCUGACAUGAAUUAACAAACUAACAGAAUUACGAGGAGAACCCAGAUUUUAAGGAUAAUCUUUAGUCAUGGUAAGAGCGACUAGUGAUCAACGAAUUUGUGAUUUUAAAAAUUUUAAAACUUCAUUUCAGGAAUUUCGCAGAUGACUUUAAGAACCACCCUCAUCUGGGAUAGUGAAAACUUCUAGGAACCUAUGAAAUUAUAACCUAUGAACAUCAAAGAAAGGAAAGUAGAAAGGAAAGUUUGAUCAUUCUUCUCCGAAUAUCAAAAUGAAGAGGUGGCAAUCAUUUUCAUACAUAAAAGUGCAGGACAAAAAAUAUAUCUGGCUGGGAGUAAAGUAUGUUCUUUUGAGCUUGAUGGAAUUACUCUAUCCUGAUGAUCUUCUUACCAACUCCUUUAUCAAUUCAACAUUACAAGUGUGAGAAAGGGAGAGAUAUUUAUUUCUUGAUUACUUUGAAAAAGUUGAUUUUUUAAAAAAGGAAAAAAAAUUAAAAGAAAAAAAGCAAUAUUUUGAGACAGUACGAUUUCCUGAUCUCAACAGAAAGUGCAUGACAUUGGGACAAGUUUUUUUUAUGGUUUUUUUUUUUUUAAGAUUUUGUGCAAUACGAAGUUAGAUACAUCAUUGUGAUACAAAAUUUAGACAUAACUGGUCAGAUUAGACCAGAAUCAACCUUACUGCGUUACACAUUGUCUAAUUUUCUUACAUAUUUUAUUUUUUUAACAGAGAACUAAACUUCUAAAGGACUUUAACCUUCCUGUGAAUUUAUCCUAGAUUAAACAGGAGACACUAACGAGAUUUCAAAUUUCAGUGUUGCUUAGUUUUCUGUCUAGAAAAUAAAACAUCAGAGAAAAUUAGGCAUCGUCUGAUAUAGUUGGGCUGAUUCCGCUUAAAAUUGCACUGGGCAUGAAUGUACUUGAAUAGGGUAGUGAUUGAAAUGCUUCGGUCACCUCGAUCUCUAUCAGCAGCCCAAUGUGCAAUAUAAAAUAAUUGAAAUUUGACCUUUAAAGAUAUGAUUGUAAAGUUACUUUGUAAAAGAAAGGGUGAUUGAAAUGUAAAUAAAAUUAUUUUUUAAAAUUUAA